UCCAAGCUGGGGGUAAGGCAAGGUGGCUACUCCUCCUAAGCCGGUGUAUCUCUGAUCCGCCCCCCUCACCCGCCCUCGGCUGCCCGCUGGCCAUGUAAGAUCUGCCGGGGUGGCCAGGGCCACAAGACAGAGGCAGUGUUGGAGCAGGUAGUGUCCAUGUCACUGGCUAGGCUUGGAGGCCAAGGGCCAGCUGAACAGAGCUGGGCCACUGGGGAGGCCACAGGGUCCCUGAACACUCAGAGCUUCCCAGGACCCUGAAGCAACGUGGCUAGCUUCAAAGAUGCCAACCAACGGAUUGCACCAGGUACUGAAGAUCCAAUUUGGCCUUGUCAACGAUGCCGACCGCUACCUGACAGCGGAGAGCUUUGGCUUCAAGGUCAAUGCCUCGGCACCCAGCCUCAAGAGGAAGCAGACGUGGGUCCUGGAGCCUGACCCCGGGCAGGGCCCCGCCGUGCUGUUUCGAAGCAGCCACCUCGGCCGCUAUCUGUCAGCAGAAGAAGAUGGACGUGUGGCCUGUGAGAUGGACCGGCCGGGCCGUGACUGUCGCUUCCUGGUCUUGCCACAGCCUGAUGGGCGCUGGGUACUGCAGUCAGAGCCACACGGCCGCUUCUUCGGUGGCACCGAGGAUCAACUGUCCUUUGCCACGGCUAUUUCCCCUGCAGAGCUGUGGACUGUGCACCUGGCCAUCCACCCGCAGGCUCACUUGCUCAGUGUGAGCCGUCGGCGCUACGUGCACCUGUGCCUGCAGGAGGACGAGAUGGCGGCAGACGGUGACAUGCCAUGGGGUGUGGAUGCAUUGCUCACUCUCAUUUUCCAGAGCAGGCGAUACUGCCUCAAGUCUUAUGACAGCCGCUACCUGCGCAGUGACGGCCACCUCGUCUGGGAGCCUGAAGCCCGUGCCUGCUACACUCUAGAGUUUAAGGCAGGCAAGCUGGCCUUCAAGGACUGCGAUGGCCGCUACCUGGCACCCAUGGGGCCAGCCGGCACACUCAAGGCUGGCCGCAAUACAAAGCCCGGCAAGGAUGAACUCUUUGACCUAGAGCAAAGUCACCCACAGGUGGUACUGGUGGCUGCCAACCACCGCUAUGUCUCUGUGAGGCAAGGAAUCAAUGUCUCAGCCAAUCAGGAUGAAGAACUGGACCAUGAAACCUUCCUGAUGCAAAUUGACCAGGAGACAAAGAAGUGUACUUUCUAUUCCAGCACUGGUGGCUACUGGACCCUGGUCACUCAUGGGGGCAUUCAGGCCACGGCCACACAAGUUUCUGCCAACACCAUGUUUGAAAUGGAAUGGCGUGGCCGGCGGGUGGCACUUAAAGCCAGCAACGGGCGUUACGUGUGCAUGAAGAAAAACGGGCAGCUGGCCGCCAUCAGUGACUUUGUGGGCAGUGGCACACCUGGACCCCCAAGUCCACGGCCUGCAUAGGACAAGUAGGGGCAGGAGCGGUCCACAGCGUCCUCUCCCUUAGGCGAAGACGAAUUGUUCAUCCUUAAACUUAUCAACCGACCCAUCCUGGUGCUGCGUGGUCUGGAUGGUUUCGUCUGCCACCGCCGAGGAUCCAACCAGCUGGACACCAACCGCUCCACCUACGAUGUCUUCCACCUGAGCUUCAGGGAUGGCGCCUAUCAGAUCAGAGGCCGUGGAGCUGGGUUCUGGUACAUUGGCAGCCACGGAAGCGUGUGCAGUGACGGCGACCUGGCAGAAGAUUUCCUCUUCGAGUUCCGAGAGCGUGGCCGCUUGGCCAUCCGUGCCCUCAGUGGCAAGUACCUGCGUGGCGGCGCCUCGGGGCUGUUGCGUGCUGAUGCAGACCUGCCUAUGGGGGAAGCUCUCUGGGAGUACUGAGGACUCACGGGGCGACCCCAGUGCCCCACUGACCCAGCAUUAAACCUUUGUUGCG